AUGAAGCAGCGGCGCUGGUGUGGGAUGACUGCCAAAAUGGGUACGGUGUUGUCGGGGGUUUUCACCAUCAUGGCCACAGUUUUGUCCCUCAUUUUUGAACAGAAGUACCUAGGCCAUGGCAAUUGUACUGAGACUGAACUGGAGGCCAGGCAUACGAGUGACAUAAUAAAUGACUACCUCACGUGCUGGAGUUGGAGCAUCGUCCUUCUAGUGUCUGUCAUCACCGUCUUCAUCAGCUGCUUCCUCCUGUACUCAGUGUAUGCCCACAUCUACAAGGGUCUGCUGAUCUAUGGCAUCUGGAUCUUUUUCUAUGAAACUACAAACAUUGUAAUACAAGUUUUUACCAAUGUAGACAUCCCCAUUGAAGAGGUCAAAGUCAUGCGCUGGUUUGGCCUGGUGGCCCGUAUACUCAUGCAUGGUUUCUGGAUGUUCUUUAUCAUCACCUACGCCCAUAUAGCCCACAAAAAUAAGACCCAGGGCAAUAUAGUUUUCUACAACAGACGUAUUUCUAUGGUUAGUGCAGACUCUUCGCGGCGGAAAUCAAAGAUUAUGAGCCUUGUCCACCACUAUAAACAAUAA